UUGAGAUGUUGCAGUGCUUUUGAUUAAUAGAACUGGAGUUCAUUACAAAAUAAUCCCCACCCCAUAGAUACAGCCCUAGAUCAUUUUAUAUGGCCGCCCAUCUCACAUAAGUUACUCUGGGUGGCUAAUCAGUGAACACUGAAUAAAAGAAUAACAAUAAAUAUACAUAUGGAGGGCAGCCAAGGACAAUCAUCCAAUUCACAGGUGGACUGAUGCAGUCCCCAAAGAAUUCCUCCCUCAGUUCUAAGAAUACAUGUUUUUAUUUCUUUAUUUUUUAAGUUUCUGCGUAUUGAGGUGGCCUUCAGAUUUUCCAAAACUCUGUUACUGAGGGAGUUACAGUUUACAAUUAUGGGAAGCUAAAGGUUUUUGCCACUCGAAACCACUAGAGGGACUCAUUACCUGAAUCCCAGUAUGACACCUUUGAAUGAAGGCCCCCUUCUGGAAUAUUCGAAAAGCAUCCCUUUGUUAAAUAAAUACAGAGCCAUAAUUGGCUUUCUAAUAAGUGAAAUACCUUUACUCCCAGCUUGUGGAUACACAAAUUAUUGUUUUUUUCUUUUAAAAAUGUUCUUAAGUGAAGGGUUCCUAUGAUUUUGGAUUGUUGACACGCAUUGAUUUUAUUAAUAUUUCUUAUGGCUAUUCAUAUGAAUAAAUAUCACAAGAGUUAAUAGUAAUAAAACCAUAGUAUUCUCUGGUUCUGGCAUAAGUGACAACAGUGGUAAGACUUGUUUCAUCUCGGGAAGACUGGUGAAUAAAAACAGUUGAAAUUAUAUCCUUUGAAGGAUGGAUGUUACAAACCUGGUCUACACGGAAAUAAACCUUCCAUUCUACAUAUCAUUCAUGCAAAGAUGGCAACUCUGCCUGCUACUCCAGUGCGCAUACAGGAUCAAUGAUCCCUGGCCAGCCUUAAAGGCCUGAAAAAUGCAUCCUGGACAGUGCUGGAAACAGCUCAGGAGAUCUGUUUUUAUCAUUUUGGGGAGACUGCCAUUGCGUCUUCAUUCUGUUCCUGGGACUGAUACAUUCUUCUUUUCACCCAAGCCAUGUCGGUUAAGGGAUCAUUCAGAAUGGCAGGGUACUAUUUUCUGGAUUCCAAAGGCUGAUUUAACAGUUGUGCAUGCACGCCUACGCUUGUGGAAUGGACCUCUAAGAGCCUUCGAAUGGGAGAGUAUUGUUUGUCAUGGUGUAGAUGAUGACUAUUCAUAUUGUGGAGCUUUGAAGGGAGAAACAAUCAACACAACUGCAAGAAUCAGCGGGUCAGGUUCAAGAUAUCUGAAGCUUUUAGAGGGAGAAUACAUUGUUUCUCUUGAAGUAUUCUCAGGUCUCAAGGAGUUGAUAACUUGUGUGAAUUAUACAUUGAUCCUUAAGUAGGGACUACUUUGGUGAGGAGUUCUGGUAAAUUACCUCACAGCUCCUGAUCUAUUCUCUUUGAAACUGUGGAAUUGUGUCAUGGAUACAAUUAGCUGAAAACAAAUGUAAGAUGAAGACAAAUGUUCAUUAUAGAUGAAGCCACAUGAAGCUUCAAUAAGACAUGUUGCUUUGACAAAACUAUCUAUCAAAACUGCUUCACAAAGUCAUGUUGUUUUCUUGCUUCUAAAAACGAAGCAAGUUGCUUUGCUUUCCUCUGCUUCAGAGCCCUUCCAGAUGACAAACGGAGGAGACUGAGGGAAGCCUGUGUAUCAAGUAACUUUCUGGGCUAUUGUGAAGAACAAGUGGUGUUUUUUUCCUAAAUAAAGUAUUUUCAAUGGGCAACAGAAAGCACAGUCUUAACUUAGCCUCUGUGUUCAUCUAUUCUGGUAGCCAUCACAUCAAAAAGACACCACCAUGGAUGCAAAGUUGGAAUUAGAAAUAUAAGGAGAAUAAAGCUAUCAAUGAUAACUACCCUUCAUGGCUAUGUAUUAUGACCUACUAAUCUGCUUUUCUUUUUCUUAUCAAUGAAUUUUUGUUUUUUUUUUCCUUGUGGUACUUCACUUGGUUGGCAAAAUAGUGGGGAAGGGCAUAGUAAGGAAGCUUCUCUCACUCAUCAUGGCCAAAUUUGUACCAGAAGCAGCUUAUGAGACAUUAAACCCCACUCAAAGUUAGCAGAGGAAAAUACUUUCAGUGGCUAUUUCUUUCUAAAAGACCAAGAUGAGCUUCAGUCAGUUUGAGAGGUCUAUGAAGAAGACAAGAUGCCCCCUGAAUCUGCAAUGUUUGCAGCAGUGUCUGCAGGUGGAAUGGAUAUCAAAAAAGUCAAAAUGGCAGAUGUGGCUGAACAAUCAAGGCUAUUUUGUCAUUUUGGCAACCCCCCCCCCCCCCCCGAAUGUUUGCAAAAGAUAAUAGCAAACUGGGUGCAGGGAGGAAAUACGGUGGACAGAACUAUCACUUAGAGAACACUUAAGUGAUUUCAGGAAAUGUGCAGUGGGCUGCAAUCAAAUAUGAAGUUUGUCUUAAAGUCAUUUGAGGCUAACAUAACUUUGUCUGAUGAAAUACUUCUAAAUGCAGGGCAGAUGGUGGGCCAGGCAGUGGAUUUAAGAUUAUCUAAAAGCAACAAUCUCAGUUAUUUGAUAUUUGCAAGAACAGAUUGAGCCUCUCAAAACUAAAAUGAACAUCAGCAAAAUGAACUCACUGGGAGGAGGAUGAGCUGUCUGUUAUUGGGGAAAAUCCACUGAAUCACAGAAUCAGGUAUUGUGGGAAUUUAUAUCAUUUGUGUGAUUGUGUCACAACAAAUGUUGUAAAUUAAUGGAAAUACUGUAAUUUAUUUGCAGAAUGACAUCAUUAUGCAAAUGACAUAAAUCACAGCAGAAAUUUAGUUCACUCUAUGUGAAACCUAUUGCAUCAAGUUCUGGUAAAACAAGAUUUCAUUAUAUUAAGAGUUACUGCUUAAAAAAAGGAAGAACUAAGAUCUUAGAAUACUGUUUGUGGUUUGGAUUUUAAAAAAUUGUCCAGAGAUUCACUUUUCUGUUGAAGUUAGUGAGCUACUACUGUCAGGUUCAGCCCAAGAAACUUAGCAGGACAAUUCAGGAACAG